AUGGCAGUUUCAACUUCUAAGACCUCAAAAAAGAAUAUCAAAUACACUUUAACUCAUACUUUACAAAAAUGGAAGGAAACGUUAAAGAAAAUUACACACGAAACCUUGAGUGGUAUCGAUGACUCUAGUGGAAGCGAUGAAAAAAUAGAAGCAUUGUUCACUGUUGCCCAACCUGUCGUUGAAACCUCAAAGGGUAUAGACAGAGAUAGUGGUGCUUCUAUGUCGCAAGUAGGGGGAGGUCUUAAUAGCACCUUAGAAAUGAAGCUCACCGAUGAAAGUGAGGAAUCUAGCUCUGCCAAUAACACGACUACAACCGCUAUGCAUACUUCAUCUAAUUCCAGAAAGUCCACCCAGAAUUUUGAAAACUAUAACGUAGUAGAUGAACGUAUCAAAUUAGCUCAAAAAAGCAAGGCGCCAUUUUGUAGUGCUGAAAAAAUUUGGAAACGAAGAAGACAACUUUGGACACAACCCACUGAUCAGGAAGGAAGUGUUAAUGGUGAUGGAGCUACCCGAAGAGAGAUUUUUCGAGCUAUACCCGAAGGAUAUUAUGCUCGUGUUUACAAGAAAUUGGUCGUUGAUGACAAGCCAUUAAGAGAGCCACUAAACUUGGAAGAUGCUUUGCAAGUCAUAAACGCAGGCUGGACGGAAACGAGGAAGUGGGCUAAUGCUGCUAAGGGGAUGCCAUGA